AUGAUGCACGGUUGGGGCGUGCUUAAGUCUAGAAGUUUGGCUGGUGGAGCACGGGGUGUGCUAGACAAGCACGACCUGAUAAAUCUUUGUGGCACGGGCGUGCCAUAUAGCAUAGGCGGGGCGUGCUUGUCCCUGUCUUCCCCAGCUAGAGUUUACAAUGGUAUCGCAAUCAGAGAAUUGUUCUCAAGCAAGAAAAGAGGUUAUAUUGUCCUUGAUAAGAACAAACCUGACAUUCCCGCUGAUGAUGCUACUGAAGAAGAAAGGAAUAACUUCAUUUGUCAUAUUGAUGAUGAUGAACAUGCGACACGUGUGAUGUUAGCCAGCAUGAGUUCUGAACUUCAAAAGCAACAUGAGAAUAUGGAUUCUCAAACCAUUAUCUUGCAUCUUAGGGAGCUGUUUGACUCCCAAGGUAGGUUUGAGAGAAGGCUCUUCAGUUCGUGUUCACGUUCUGAAGAUGAUGGCUAUAUUGAAAAAUUGGGCCAAUUAAGCAUUGCCAUGGACCAUGAGCUGAGUAUUGACUUAGUUUUACAGUCCUUACCACCCAAUUAUUCACAUUUCAUUUUGAAUUUUAAUAUGAACAAGCUGGAUGCUUCCAUACUUGAGUUGCUUGGUAUGCUUACCAUUACUGAAGGAGCCCUUAAGAAGGAUAUAACUCCUAUACUUAUAGUUCAGUCUUCUAAGGCUAAGAAAAAGCCCAAGAAGAAGCAAAAUAAGAAGAAGGCACUGAAUUCCAAAUGGAGGUAUGACUAA